GGUGUACUAGAGGGUGUGAGCGCUGGGGAGUCCGGGACGCACAUCGAGGAGGGGCCCGCGGGAGCUCUAUAUGGAGGAGGGAGCCCAGAAUGGUGUGCACCAGGAAGACCAAAACUUUGGUGUCCACUUGCGUGAUCUUGAGCGGCAUGACCAACAUCAUCUGCCUGCUCUACGUGGGCUGGGUCACCAACUACAUCGCCAGCGUGUAUGUGCGCGGGCAGGAGCCGGCGCCCAACAAGAAGCUGGAGGAAGACAAAGGGGACACCCUGAAGAUCAUUGAGCGGCUGGACCACCUGGAGAAUGUUAUCAAGCAGCACAUCCAAGAGGCUCCUGCAAAGCCUGAGGAGGCAGAGACUGAGCCCUUCACAGACUCCUCUUUGUUUGCACACUGGGGCCAGGAGCUCAGCCCCGAAGGCCGGCGCGUGGCUCUGAAGCAGUUCCAGUACUACGGCUACAACGCCUACCUCAGUGACCGACUGCCCCUUGACCGGCCUCUGCCUGACCUCAGACCCAGUGGGUGCCGCAACCUCUCCUUCCCUGACAGGCUGCCGGAGGUGAGCAUUGUGUUCAUCUUCGUCAAUGAAGCUCUCUCUGUGUUGCUGCGUUCCAUCCACUCAGCCAUCGAACGCACACCUUCACACCUGCUCAAGGAGAUCAUCCUGGUAGAUGACAACAGCAGCAACGAGGAACUGAAGGAGAAGCUGACAGAAUAUGUGGACAAGGUGAAUGGCCAGAAGCCAGGCUUCAUCAAGGUUGUACGCCACAGCAAGCAGGAAGGCCUCAUUCGCUCCAGGGUCAGCGGCUGGAGGGUGGCCACUGCCCCUGUGGUGGCGCUCUUUGAUGCCCACGUGGAGUUCAAUGUGGGUUGGGCUGAACCUGUCCUCACCCGCAUAAAGGAGAACCGGAAACGGAUCAUCUCGCCAUCCUUUGAUAACAUCAAAUAUGACAACUUUGAAAUAGAAGAGUACCCACUGGCCGCCCAGGGCUUUGACUGGGAGCUGUGGUGCCGCUACCUAAAUCCCCCAAAGGCCUGGUGGAAGCUGGAGAACUCCACUGCCCCGAUCAGGAGCCCUGCCCUCAUUGGCUGCUUCAUUGUGGACCGACAGUACUUCCAGGAGAUCGGCUUGUUGGAUGAAGGCAUGGAGGUCUAUGGAGGAGAGAAUGUCGAGCUCGGCAUCAGGGUGUGGCAGUGUGGCGGGAGCGUGGAGGUCCUGCCCUGCUCCAGGAUUGCCCACAUUGAGCGAGCCCACAAGCCCUACACUGAGGACCUCACUGCCCAUGUCCGCAGGAAUGCCCUCAGAGUGGCUGAAGUCUGGAUGGAUGAAUUUAAAAGCCAUGUCUAUAUGGCCUGGAACAUACCCCAAGAGGACUCAGGCAUCGACAUCGGGGACAUCACCGCUAGGAAGGCGCUGAGGAAGCAGCUGCAGUGCAAGACCUUCCGAUGGUACCUGGUCAGCGUGUACCCUGAGAUGAGGAUGUACUCUGACAUCAUUGCCUACGGGGUGCUGCAGAAUUCCUUGAAGACUGAUUUGUGUCUUGAUCAGGGGCCAGACUCAGAGAAUGUUCCCAUCGUGUACAUCUGCCAUGGGAUGACGCCCCAGAAUGUGUACUACACAAGCAGUCAGCAGAUCCAUGUAGGCAUCCUGAGCCCCACGGUCGAUGACGAUGACAAUCGGUGCCUCGUAGAUGUCAACAGUCGGCCACGGCUCAUCGAGUGCAGCUACGCCAAAGCCAAGAGAAUGAAGCUUCACUGGCAGUUCUCUCAGGGAGGCCCCAUCCAGAACCGCAAGUCCAAGCGCUGUCUGGAGCUGCAGGAGAACAGCGACAUGGAGUUUGGCUUCCAGCUGGUGCUGCAGAAGUGUUCGGGCCAGCACUGGAGCAUCACCAACAUCCUGCGGAGCCUGGCGUCCUGACCCCCCCAGGAGCCACGUCCCACCCGCCCCUUUGCUACUGUGUAGCACCUGCUGCAAUGCUGCCUGCUGUCUUGUGGGGUUGUUUGGAGUCUGAGGAAGCCAGCUCAGUGGGCCCCUAAAAGAGCUUUUUAUUUCCUAUUCAAUUUUCAUGGAAUUUAUAGAAAGAUGCUGAAUGGUAGGUAAGGGUGUCAUAUCAUAAACUAUUUUGCAACUGUAAAUAGGGGACAAGUGGAAAAUAUUUAUAACUGACAAUAAAAUACUAUUGAUUAAGAAAAGGGCUUUUGUGGUAAUUUGGUGCUCUGUGGAGAUUGAUGCCUGGCUCCUCUGAACUUGGGAGUUCUUAUAGCCAAAGAUGUGUCCCGGUUUGCCCUUCCUGCUUCACAUCCUUGAGAAAGACUUCUAAUCCCCUGCACACUGUGGGAGCUUGUGUGCAAGCUGUCAGCUUACUUUGUGAAGCUCAAGGCUGGCAAAGGGGCCACAUGACCUCA